GCAAGUUUACAGCUUCAUUUUAGGAGAUCAUUGGUGGGCUCUUCCUCUCCACUAGAUUUGAUAAUAAACUAAUAAUGAUGAUAACAUAUUGAUGUUGUAACUUGAAGCUUGACUCAUAUAGUUAUUACACAUGCAUGGAAAAAAGAGUUUCCAGCUUUACUUACAUUGCUGACUUGAUAAUUGUUUCUCCUUCAUAUCUAUGCUUAAAAUCCCUGUAUCUAAUACAAUCUUUGACACCAGGGAAGCAAAAUAAAUUAACAUAUAAGUACUUUUCAGUUUUGUUCUCAUUCAUGCUCAGAAUCUCCUCUUUAGAUCUGCUUGUCAUGUGUUUUUAAUCAUUAUCAUUAUUUGGUUCAUCUACUUUUAAAAAAAUCCCACUGGUCAAACUCAAGAUUGAUACUAUUGCAAAAUAAUGUAUACAUCAGCUUCUAGAUCUUGUUGUCAACCACUGUAUCUGCUAAUUAUCUGUUCAGAUGAGAUAAUUAACCUGAGAGUUGAAUUUACAUUAUUAUCAUUAUAUUUUUUGGCUUUUGGUGAGAGACAUAUAAUCUCAGUCGGCUCUUGGGACCCAUUAGGUUAAACCAAUCACAGGAGAAUGUGGGUUUUAGCCAUUGAGCCACGGGCUCAGGCUUUAUGCAGCAACCCAUGCAAUUCUACUUUCCACCCGCAAAGUAAAAACCCAACUGUAGGUAGGUUACUGUGAAAGACUCUCCACUAUUAUUAACCUUUCUGUGAUCUUUUGAUAGAUAAUACAUAUUGAUGUUGCAUAUUUGGUGACAAAAAGUGCUUUCUUUAUCAGUAAUCCUGGGUCAAAACUACAACUUCAAAGUUUAGACCUAGAAACUACUAUACACAGUGUGAUUAAGACAAAGAGGAAUCUUCUUUUAUAGGGAAAAUAAACAAGAAGAAUAACAUUAUUGUCAUUGCUUUGCUUAUAUUGUCUUCAGUCAAAAGUUUUGCCAACCCCCAUUAUUGUAUUUAGGAUUAGAGGUGAAUUUAUGUGUGUAUAUGUUUGCCAGUAUCUGUGUGAUAUGGUAUGAGUAAGCAGGUUACAUAUUUGUUGGAGAACAUCCAAAAUAGUAACCCAAUUAGGGUUUUAAUGAAAUUAAAAACAAAGUUAUUGAAAAAAUAAUAGUUACAUUAAGAGUAUUGAGAUGUGAUUGUUAGGGGGGAUGCAUGUACCAAGAUAGAGACAACUCAAUUAGUUAUUGUUUUUAGUGUUCUUGUUCUUUGCUUAACAGUAACAAUAAUAACAAAUUCAUCAAACCUGCAGAUAUCAGUUUUGGAAUUGAUAUAAUCAUAUUCUAAUAUUUUUAUAUCACACAAAAAUAUUAAUAUUAUCUAGUAGCUCAACUUGUUUUGCCAUCUUAUUUUUAUGAUUAUAUUUUUACUGUUUCUGAUUAUGGCUUAAAUAUUCGAAUUUAGUGGCAUGGAAAUUUGAUGAUCGAGUAUUCGAGUUGAUAAAACACCAGAAUUCAUAAUUUUUAGAGUUAAAAAAUGAAAUUAAUGAAUCAUAAAAUACUAAUUAUUGGACGGAGCUUAAAGCUCUCGGGUCAAACUUAUUGGCUGUGUUUUAAGUUUAACACAGAAAGGUGGCCACGUGAUACAUAUCUUCGUAUUAUCAUUCUUCUUAUAUUUUUGCUAUUUUGUGUUCUUUUUCUCCCCUUCUACAAUUAUUAUUUACGUUUACAAUUUAGAAAUUAACAGGCUCAUAGCAUAUACCAAUAUCCAUUCCUUGUAGAUGCCGUGACUACCUAAUAUUUCUUUUCUUAAUAAGCUUUAUUUAGGAACGUUAAUAAGCAUUGUCAACUUAUAUAUCGAUUAAAAGCAGCAGCGGUGCGGAAAAUUGAGAACUUUAGCAAAAAAACUUAUAUAUCGAUUGAGGAGAACCUCUAGCCUAAAACUUUCUAACAAUUAGAUACCCUAUUUUCCUAUAAAGCGAGAAAUAUAUUAAAUUGCAAGUUUAUAGAAAAAAUGCUGAGCGACAAAAAUGAUGAACGCAGUCAGAAGUUUUAUUUUUGUCAGUGAACAAUAUAUAAUUACAGAUUCAUAUAUGGGAAAGAAAAGGUAAUACGACGACAAAAAGAAUGAAAAUAAUAUAUAUAGAAACGUAUAAUUAGAAGAAAAUAAGACUUUAUAAUUAAAGCUUCCUUUAUGAAGUAAUUAAAACUUCUUCAAGCUACACAACACGAACACGAGGGAUUCGAGAGAAUUGUGGAGAAAGUUCGUUAGCGUUGUCUGUUCCGUACGCUGUACGCAUGUGGCAAGCCCUUAAAUAUAUUCUUUUACUUGAAGAAAAUACAUAGAAAAUAAAAAGAACUAACUAAGAAAUCAAAUUAUCGAUGCUUUAAAAGUACUUAAACACGUUGAAACUUAUAUGAACCCAGAAAAGUUGGAGAUCCUAGCAUUUUAUCAACUAUCCUUGUUAUGAAUGUAACAAAACACGGACAUCUCUGCAAAGUAAACAAAAGAGAAUAGGAAAACGACCUUUAGUAUUAUCUUCUAGAGAAUCUAAUCAGUAAAACUAAUCUUAACAUGUAUAGAUGACUUGAAAGCCUUUAGUAAAAAAAAUAUGUAUAUAUGAUUUCUAAUAGGGAAAAGGUCACCUUUAUUGGACAAAAAUAUACAUUUUACGACGAUUAACGAGAUAUAUCAACAUGUGGAAGGGCCAACCAUAUGUGUUUUCUAAGUUUUAACUGACGAAAUCAUUAAGGUUAAAAAACAAAUAGAUGACAUAUUUGGUCGUGAGUGUCUGUUUGUCCCCAUGGCCAUAGGGUUUGACCUUUCAUAAAAGUAAAACGCCAGUCGUGGGGAGGAGUCACAUAUCAAACCAUAGGGUAUACUUCUACUUUUUAGUUUUCUUCUCAUAUAAUAUAGCUUGCUCGUACUUUAUAUAUUGGUGUGCUUAAGAAUUUCAAGCCACGUUACUUGAUAGUUAACAGGAGUGGUCUAGUGGAUUUGUAGGGUUUCCGAUAAUUAAAUCAGAAAAGUUUUAGGCCAUACGAUUAAAAAUAUGUUACAUACAAAACGAUGCGUAUUAAAUAAGGUUUUCCUUGCCUCUUCGGCUUUUGGUUUUCUAGAUCUGUUUUAGGGUGUGCUUUUUUAUAUUUGUUCAUGCGGUGUCGGUUUGGGAUUCGGUAGUUGAGCUCUCGUCGCAGGAUGAGAGAAGCUCUCCGGUGAAAGAUGGUUAUGGUCUGCGCGAUGCUUUUUACUCUGGUGUAUGUUUGAACUGUGGCGGAUGAGAUCUCGCUCUUGCGAUUGAUUCUAUUUGAUAAAGAAUACAUGAGUUAAGGCGGUUGCGGUGAAGAUGGAUGUAGGUCAUGGGUUCCGGUGUGUUCCGGAAGCGAUGAAGGAUGAUGGUUCAGGGGUGAUUCUGGUGAAACGCCGUUGAGAUCGCUAGUGGUUGUGAAAGUGAAGAGAUGGAGUGACGCGUGUCCUCCGGAAUUGAAAUUUAGACACGUGGGCACGUUUGUGUCGACGGAGUCGACGUUUGGGGCGGUAAAGCCGGGCUUUAGAAGUUUGGGCAUGGCCCAUUUCCUUUCUGCUUGUGUGCCCGUUGUUUUCGGGCUUUUGCUUUUUUUUAUUGUCAGUGUGGGUUUUGUAACUCGGUAUGUUUCUUGGGCUUGCCCUUUUUAAUAAAACUAGUUGGAAAAAGAAAAAGGCUAAUCAAGUUAAUAGAUUAAUUAAUCUUCAAAAUUAAGACACUCUUGAAUCUUGAUUUGCUUAUGAGACAGAGUGAAUUUGGUUGUUACUUUUCCUUCAUAAGUGAUAGGUUUCAGAACAGAACUCAUAAACUAGUGAAUUUGAUAUACAUGUGUACAUGUUCCCGAACAUUCAAGACCCGUAGUUUUUUUUUUCAAAAACUCGGAAUGUUUUAUUUUUAUUUGUACAACUUUGAAUAUUAUCUAAUAUGUUUCCAAUUUUAAUUUUAAUUUUAUAUUUUCGAAUUUAAAUUUCAAAAAUUUUAAUUUUUUAAAAUUUUUUUUUUUUAAAUUCCGAGGAAACGAACCCUCGGAAAUUUCCGACGAGCAUUUCCUCGGAAUUAGUCGUCGGAAUAUGCCGAGGGACCCUUCCUCGGAAUUUUCCGAGGGCUGCGUUCCUUGAAAAUUUCCGAUGAAAUUUCCGAGCAAUAUUUCGUCGGGACUUCCGAGGAUUGGACCAUCGGAAAAUCCAUCAAAAUAUUCCGAGGAAGUUCUUCCUCGGUAUAUUCCGAGAAACUUUUCGACGAACUUGUGGUCCUCGGAGUUUCCUCGGAGUUUCCUCGGAAAUUCAUUUUCUCGGAAUUCUAUCGGAAAUUUCCGAGAAGUUAUUUCCGAGGACUUGUUUCGUCGGUAUAUCGUCGGAAUAGCGUUAUUCCAACGACAUACCGAUGAUUUUUUCCCUCGGUAUGCCGCUGUUUAAUUUCUUGUAGUGUUAAUAUAUAAGCCAAAAUAAGAGCUAUGAUAUUUUUCUAAUCACUAAAAUGGACGAUUGAAGAAAAGUAAAAAAAAAUAAUGUGUGCAAUAUGAAUAGUAUAUACUUCCAAAAACUAUAGAGCAGUAAUCAAAAUCCGAUCUUAUCAACUGAUAAUUUCUACAUACAAGGCAAGACGACGGCGGUAUAUUAUCUACGUUAGUGAAAUACUUCUAGAACACUUAUGAUCAAAUAGUGUUUUCUUAAGAAGACAACAAAAACAACAAAAAAUAUAAAGCAACUGGAGAAGAAAAUUAUGGGAGAAGUAAAAUAAUUGGCAAUGAGGUAAGCAAUGACUAAAAAGACUUCGUCAUAAAUUGAGGGCCUAGGGAAACAUGAACACCACUUUUUAAUAUGCAAUUCAUAUAGAUAACGUAUAGUAUAUAGUUGCAUGGCAUCGUUUUCUUUAAUUUAACGUAAGUAGAUCUGUUUAAAACUUGGAAGGCAUAAUAAAAUUGAAGCUGAUAGCUCCAAAACUAAAAGUGCUAAUUUGUUUUGCUCACACUUCAAAACCACGUGAUUUUUGCACUUACCAUAAAGUCCACCCAAAUUUAAUGGGUUACCCAUCCCUAACAAAAAGUAUAAUAAAUAAUAUUCUCUAUUCUUUAAAUUAUUUAUUAUUUUUUGAAAAUUUACUCUAUGUUCUAGAGAAAUAUAUUUAAUACCUUCUAAAGUUCUAGUAACUUUUCUUUUUGGUCAAAAAAAUUCUAGUAACUCUAUGUUUUUAUUACAUGUAAAGAUUAGUUUUAGAGUAUUGAGACAAACACAACUUUAAAUUACAAUCCUUUGUAGUGAUUGUAUGCUAGCUCUAACAUCUCAUAACAUGUGUGCAUGACAUCAUGACAUCUCAUGUGUGCUAGCUCUAGCUUGGAUUAAUUGUGAUUAGUCAUCAACCGCCAAAACAUUAUUAAUGGUUAGUAACAUACAUAAGUUCUUUGCGGCAUUUCGACGAACACGUUGUGUGCGACGAUGUUGUUCUACAGAAAGUCUACCACACUUAAUCAAAAAGCUUCGAGAUUGGUUCAGCUUCAUCUCUCGGAGACAGGUACGCUUAGAACUGAUUCGCUAUGUAGCUUCUCUACCUUCUUGUCUUGCUGCAAACGAGACUUCUCUGGAAUUACCGAUGUGAAAGUCUGUUUCAGAGAGAGAUUGAGGAACGGACUCGUCAAUAUCAAGAAAGAUGAUGCUGUUGCUCUCUUCCAAUCCAUGAUCAGGUCUAAUCCUCUUCCUACACUCAUCGACUUCAGUAGACUGUUCAGUGGUGUUGCCAAGACAAAACAGUAUGAUCUCGUGUUGAAUCUCUGCAAGCAAAUGGAACUAAACGGGAUUGCACAUAACAUCUACACUCUCAACAUUAUGAUCAACUGCUUUUGUCGUAGCUGCAGAACUUGUUUUGCUUACUCUGUUUUGGGGAAAGCUAUGAAGCUUGGGUUUAGCCCUGACACAACCACAUACAACACUCUCAUCAAUGGACUCUGUCUUGAAGGCAAAGUCUCCGAAGCUGUGGGUUUGGUUAAUAAAAUGGUGGAGAAUGGAUGCCAAGCAGACACGGUUACGUUUGGUUCUAUAGUCAAUGGGAUUUGCAAAUCAGGAGAUACUUCUCUGGCUUUGGAUUUUUUGAGGAAGAUGGAGGAAAGUGAUGUGAAGGCUGAUGUGGUUACGUACAGUACAGUUAUUGAUAGUCUUUGCAGAGAUGGGAGAACGGAUGAUGCGGUUAAUCUACUCAAUGAGAUGGAGAGGAAAGGAGUCAAGUCUAGUGUUGUUACAUAUAAUUCUCUUGUAGGUGGGUUUUGUAAAGCUGGGAGAUGGGAUGAAGGUGCGAAGAUUUUGAAGGAUAUGAUUGGGAGGAAGAUGGUCCCUAAUGUUGUGACUUUCAAUGUGUUGAUUGAUGUUUGUGUUAAAGCAGGGAGGCUUGAGAAGGCUAAAGAGUUUUACGAGGAGAUGAUCACGAGAGGUGUGGCUCCCAAUACUAUCACUUAUAACUCUUUGGUAGAUGGGUUUUGUAUGCAGAACCGGCUCGGAGAGGCGAAGAAGAUGAUGGGUCUUAUGGUUGGGAGUAACUGCAGUCCUGAUCUUGUGACUUUUAAUAGUCUCUUGAAAGGGUAUUGUAAGGUGAAAAGAGUUGAUGAUGCUAUGAAACUCUUCAGGGAGUUUCCUGAGAGGGGAUUGGUUGCUAAUGAAGUUACUUAUAGCAUCCUUGUUCAAGGGUUUUGUCAAUCCGGGAAAGUUAAGAUCGCUGAGGAGCUUUUUCAAGAAAUGGUUUCGUGUGGUGUUGUUCCUGAUGCUAUGACGUAUGGUAUACUGCUUGAUGGUUUGUGUGAGAACGGGAGGCUUGAGAAGGCGUUGGAGAUAUUUAAGGAUUUGGAAGAGAGUAAGAUGGAGCUUGAUGUUGUUAUGUAUACGAUUAUGAUUGAGGAGAUGUGCAAGAGUGGUAAGGUGGACGAUGCGUGGACGUUGUUCUGUAGCCUAGGUUUGAAAGGAGUGAAGGCUAAUGUUAAGACGUACACGGUGAUGAUUUGGGGACUGUGUAAGAAAGGGUCGUUGUCUGAAGCAAACAUGUUGCUUAGAAAAAUGGAGGAAGAUGGGAAUGCGCCGAAUGAUUGUACAUACAACACUCUUGUCAGGGCAUAUCUUCGAGAUUGCGACUUAGCCAAAUCAGCAGAACUUAUAGAAGAAAUGAAGAGUUAUGGGUUCUCAGCAGAUGCGUCCACUGUUAAGAUGGUGAUGGAUAGGUUAUCUAGCGGUGAAUUGGAUAAAAGAUUUUUGGAUAUGCUCUCUGAGACGAUGAUGUUGAUGAUUCGGAUACGGAGUGCCAAAGCUUUGAGAUCUGCUUGGCCUCUUCUCCUGGAGACUGCAGGUAACCUGAUAACUUCUUUACUCCACAGCCCUUACGAGUUCUUGUCUUUCGUCUGCGGACGUGGCUUUUCUAGCAGCGAUAGAAAUCUCUGUUAUAGAGAGACGUUGAGAAGUGGGCUCGUCGAUAUCAAGAAGGAUGAUGCUGUAGCUCUGUUUCAGUCCAUGCUUCGGUCUCGUCCUCUUCCUACGGUCAUAGAUUUCAACAGAUUGUUUGGUUUACUUGCCAAAACGAAACAGUAUGACCUUGUCUUAGCUCUCUGCAAGCAAAUGGAACUGAAAGGGAUUGCGUAUGAUCUAUACACUCUCAACAUUAUGAUCAAUUGCUUCUGCAGGCGUAGGAAACUCGGUUUUGCUUUUUCUGCUAUGGGAAAGAUUUUGAAACUUGGAUAUCAACCUAGCACAAUCACGUUCUCGACUUUGAUUAACGGAUUGUCUCUAGUGGGUAAAGUUUCUGAAGCUGUGGAGUUAGUUGAUCGAAUGGUGGGAAUGAAGGUUAUUCCAAAUCUCAUUAUACUCAACACUAUUGUCAAUGGGCUUUGUCUCCAAGACAGAUUGUCUGAAGCAAUGGCUUUGAUAGAUCGAAUGAUGGCCAAUGGAUGUCAACCCGACACAUUUACCUACGGUCCGGUUUUGAACAGAAUGUGUAAGUCAGGCAACACUUCCUCCGCCUUGGAUCUGCUCAGAAAGAUGGAAGGUAGAAAAAUCGAACUCGAUGCUGCUAAAUACAAUGUCAUUAUUGAUAGUCUUUGCAAAGAUGGGAGCCUCGAAGAUGCACUCAUCCUUUUCAAUGAAAUGGAAACCAAAGGGGUCAAAGCAAAUGUCAUCACCUAUAACUCUCUCAUAGGAGGCUUCUGUAGUGCCGGCAGAUGGGAUGAUGGUGCACAGCUGCUGAGGGAUAUGAUCACAAGGGGAAUCACCCCUAACGUUGUCACUUUCAAUGCUUUGAUUGAUAGUUUUGUGAAAGAGGGAAAGCUUUCUGAGGCUGAAGAAUUGUACAAUGAGAUGAUCCCAAGAGGAAUAGAUCCUAAUACCAUUACAUAUAGUACUUUGAUAUAUGGGCUGUGCUACGAAAAGCGCUUAGAUGAAGCCAACCAGAUGCUGGAUCUGAUGGUUAGCAAGGGAUGCGAUCCUGAUAUUUGGACGUAUAAUAUCCUUAUAAACGGGUAUUGUAAGGCUAAACUGGUUGAUGAAGGUAUGAGACUUUUCCGCAAAAUGUCUCUGAGAGGAUUGGUUGCAGAUACAGUCACUUAUAGCAGUCUCAUUCAAGGGUUUUGUCAAGUAGGAAAACUUAAAGUUGCCAAAGAACUCUUCCAAGAGAUGGUUUCUGAAGGUGCUCAUCCUGAUAUUGUGACUUACGGUAUUUUGCUGGAUGGGUUGUGUGACAAUGGAGAACUAGAGGAAGCCAUGGAAAUACUUGAAAAAAUGCACAAGACUAAGACGGAACUUGACAUUGGUAUAUAUUCUAUCAUCAUUCACGGGAUGUGCAAUGCUAGUAAGGUCGAUGAAGCUUGGGAUCUAUUCUGCAGCCUACCUUCGAAAGGAGUGAAGCCUGAUGUUAAGACGUACACUGUAAUGAUUUCGGGAUUGUGUAAGAAAGGGUCACUGCCUGAAGCAAAGAUGUUGCUUAGAAAAAUGGAGGAAGAUGGGAUUGCGCCAAAUGAUUGUACAUACAACACACUAAUACGAGCUCAUCUCAGAGGCAGCGACAUAAGCAAUUCAGUUGAACUCAUCGAAGAAAUGAAGAGGUGUGGCUUCUCUGCAGAUGCUUCCACCAUGAAGAUGGUUAUGGAUAUGUUAUCGGAUGGUGGAUUGGACAAAAGCUUUUUGGAUAUGCUUUCUUGAACGCCUCAUCUAAGGUGUGUGUUUUGCUCUGUUUAUGCUUUUAGGAAAGGUUUGUAAAAUUUCAAGAUAGAAACUACAACUGAGCCAAUUCCCUUGCUCUUGAACGCCUCAUCUAAUGACUCCUUAGAACUACAAUAGAUUUCAUGAGUUCUAAGCCCUUCCCUUGUUCCA